CUUGUAUAGCAUAUAAAUUUUAAUUAGACUCAUCGUGUUUUGUAUAUCGUUAAAAUUAGUUCUAACUUUUUAUUAAAAAUAUAUUAAAAUUCCUCGUUCGAUUUUGUAACACCAAUCUGCUGGAAUCGCCACUGGUUUCCUCUUCACGCCUAUCAAAUAAAUUUACACGAAAUACCGUGUAUCCCAGUAAAAACUUAAACUCUCCAUAAACUACAUUUCACAUUUUACGUACUUAUCCUUAACAAUCUUUCCUACAAAAAUUUUCAAGUUUUCAAUCUCUUUCAUUAUUCCAAUUAUUAAAUCCUUUAAAUCCUUCAAAUCCUAUCCUUCAGAAUUGCCGAAAUACUCAUUCGACAUUCUCAAAAUCAUAAUUAUCCAUGGAAUGAUAUGAUUCAAAAUGAUUCAAAAACAAUCUCCCACACUGAAUAUUGAAAUUCUUGAAAUCGCUAUCCAUUAUUAUUAGAUCAACCCCCUUCGACAUUCGUCUUAUCUCCCAUACUUGAGAAUCGCGAUCAAAAUCAGCCGAAAGGAUCGGUGAUCAAUUGGUCGGUGCUCGGCCCAGCCGCGUGGUGAUGCAUUACGCAAAUCACCCACGAUUCCCUAGAAUGGUCGGCGAACAGGCCGAGCAUAAACGUCAAUAACACGGUGUACUUGAAUUAUCGUGCUCGGCCGUGGAAUACUCUCGGUUCCGCUCCACGAUCCCUUAUUCCCGACGAAUCACGUUUCCCGCGUGUAUGGUAUAUAUAUAAGGCGAAACCGUCGAUUCACGGGCACACCGGUUUGCAUACCGAUCCACCACCGAUUACCAAUUCCCCAACUCCCGAGUUUCGUAACUCGGAGGACCAUGCUUUCGAGAGCUACGUUUCUCGCGUGCCUGUUUCUUCUGCGUCAAACUGGCGCAGCCACGGAGCAACGUAUGACGUUGACGAGCAAGAUGAUCGCCGAGGAUCUAGAUAGGUCGGCGACCACUGGUUACGUGUACAAUCAGCAACAAGGACUUCCGGUUUACUACGUGCGGUACACCAAUCACGGAAGUGGACGGUACUAUCAUGCGCCGGCCGCCGUGCAAUACGUUGUCGAGGCAGCUACACCUGUUGCACACCGUGUAACCGAGACGAAUUCGCUUCUGCAUCCGUACGGUGUUCCGAGUUAUCAAGGAAUUGCCAAUUACGGUGACGAGCAAUCGUUGGAACGUCAAGUAGCCGGGGAUUUGUAUCGUGUUGAUGGAAAAAUAACUGUGAACGAGAGAGAUGAUGCGGAAGAGGAGAAGGAGAAGGAGGAGGAGGAUGGAGAGAGGGAUGGUGAGGAGGAGAAGGAUGAAGAGGAAGACGACGGUGUCGACGAUGAGGAGAUUCACGAUGGAUCUGGUGGAUCAGUGAAACUGUUUGGGGGUUACGAGGAUGAGGAGGUUGGUGAAAUCUCCUCCAGUGAUGAGAGUGGUUCGUUCGAGACUGGAAAGGGGGAGAGAUAUUCGGAGCAUGGAGAGAAAGGGGAGAAGGGAUACGAGACUUGGAAGGAGUUUAGCAAAGGAGAACGUGGUGACAAUAAUGAUGAACGUCAAGAAGGAUACUAUAAGAACAGAAGUGAAGACAAGAAGGGACACGUCGACGAAGCUGAAAAUCACGGUUCUCACGAGGAGGAAGGGAAAGGCAAAAAGGACAAGAAUUACGGUCACUCGUCUUACCAUAAGAAGGGGCACAAAACUAAUGGUUUCCACAAUGUCUAUCACAAGGACGAAUACAAGAAGGAAACGGAUUUCUACGACGAUGAGCACAAGAAGGGCGAUUUUGGCGAAUACGAGGAAUUCGACAAAGGUUACAAGAUCGAGGAGGGUGAUUUUAAGAAAGGAGGACAUCAUUCUUUUGAGAAUGAUUAUCAGAAUCGCGGAAAGAAAGGGCAUUACGAUAAGGGACACCGUGUAAUCGAGGAUCAAGGUCACCGGGCAGAAGAAAACGAAAAAUCCCAUUAUGAGGAACACGAGGAUUAUAAUGUCGCGGAAGAUUCGAAAUCUGACAAAGCGCACGAAUUUAAUAGGAAAAAUCGUUGAUCGUAUCGUAGCAGCAUCUGAAAUUUUAUGAAAAUUCUAUUAUUAUAUUUUUAUAAUAUAUUA